AUGACAGCGCAUCACACCAAAGAACAGAAGGAGCUGCUCAAACAGAAGGGUGUUUACCCCUACGAAUACAUGGAUAGUUUCAACAAACUCGGAAAAGCGUCACUUCCGCCAAAGAUCAAAUUAUUCAGCAAGCUGAACGACGAAGACAUCAGCGAUGCAGAUUACGAAAGGGCGCAAAGCGUGUGGAAGACCUUCAAUAUGCAAACUAUGAGGGACUACCACGACCUCUAUCUAAAAACGGACGUCCUCCUUCUGGCAGACGUGAUGGAAAAUUUUAGAAAGGUUUGUAAGACCAACUACGGACUGGAUCCGUUGUGGUACUACACAGCACCCGGACUCGCCUGGGACGCCGCGCUAAAGCUGACGGAAGUGGAACUGGAGCUUAUCUCCGAUCCGGAUAUGUACCUAUUUAUCGACAAGGGUAUUCGAGGUGGAAUCAGUACCAUCACCAAAAGGUAUGCUAAAGCAAACAAUAAGUAUAUCGGACUCCCAAAAAUACCAGAAAGCGUCGUUGAAUGCCUAAAAAAGUUGUACGUCACCAUUCGGAAGGAUCCUAAAGACUUGAACGAAAAGCUGGAUGCCCUUGAGGUCGAAGUGGAGGAUAUUAUGAAAAACCACGACGAUGCGAACGUAGAAUUCGUCAAUCGGUACCUGAACAAAAACCUUACAAAAUGGGUGAAAGGUAUUAGUCGUAACGGCGAAGAGCAAUCUAUAUACCUACCCUAUAUGGAUGCGAACAACCUGUACGGUUGGGCGAUGAGUUGCCCCCUACCCGUCAGAGACUUCAAAUGGAUGAGUGGUGAGGAGCUGGAAAAGUGGAGGAACUAUGGUUGCAUCCUCGAAGUGGAUCUGGAGUACCCCGAGGAAUUACACAACAAGCACAACGAAUACCCCCUGCGCCGGAAAGAAUGAGGGUCAACAAGGUGGACAAGCUGAUACCAAAUCUCAAUAAGGAAAAGUACGUCGUCUACCAUGAGACACUAAAAUUAUACCUAAGUCUAGGGUACACCGGGGGGUAAAAUUCGUCGAAGAGCCAUGGUUGAAAAAAUAUAUCCAACUCAAUACGGACCUGCGUACCAAAGGUACUACGGACUUCGAGAAGGAUUUCUUCAAGCUCAUGAACAACUCAGUAUUCGGGAAGACGAUGGAAAACGUCAGGAAUAGGGUCGACAUCAUGCUCGUCAACGACGAGAAGAAAUGGAACAAGCUGGUCCAAAAGCAUAACUUCAAAUCCGCAACCAUCUUCUCCGAAAACCUUGUGGCAGUUCACAUGGAAAGGACAUCCGUAAAAUUAACCAAACCCAUCUACCUAGGAAUGUACGACUUUCACUACAACUACAUCAAACCGAAAUACGGAGAAGACGCAAAACUCGAUCCUAUUUACGGACACGGACUCCUUGUGCUACGAAAUCAAAACCGAGGACUUCUUCAAGGACAUCUCCAACGACAUCCACAAAAGGUUCGACACCAGCAACCUAGGCAAAAGCCAUCCAUCCGGAAUUCCGACAGGCGUAAACAAGAAGGUCAUCGGGAUGAUGAAGCUGGAAACGGGCGCAAAGCAGAUCGAAGAGUUCGUAGGAUUAAGGUCAAAACUAUACGCCUACAAAAUGGCGGAAGACGGGGAUGAGGAGAAAAAGUGUAAGGGUUAAGAAAACGGUUAUCAAAAAGGAGAUAACAUUCGACAACUACAAGGAAUGCCUCUUCAGCGGCAAAAGACAAUGGAGGGGAAUGAAUGUCUUCAGAAGUAGGCUGCUUGAAAUAUAUACGGAAAGGGUUGUUAAGGUAGCCCUAUUGACAAACGACGAUAAGAGAGUGGUCAUUAAGGACGGAAUAAACACAACGGCAAUCGGACAUAUGGAUCUGAGACAGUAAGAGUCCAAACGAACCAAUUUCAAUAUUCGAAGGAACAUUAAAAUUCUAACGGGUCUAUAGAAGCCUCUUCCGAGGUUCCACCACCCUCUCGCUCAAAUACUUCGCCUCCUGAAGAUUUACCUGAAUGGAAACCAUAUUUCCGGAUAGGUAUAUGCUCCAAACCCUAAUCAAAGCAUCCAAGUAGAAGUGACCGUCCCUCUGCUCCAUCGGAUUCAUGUCUCCACCUCCGUCCGCCCUAAACAUCACCGUCUUCUGGUCGAUCUUCGCAUACAAAACCGGUUGCUUUCCGUUCCGAUAGAAACAUCUCAUCACAUUGGUAUUUGGUUUUCCGACGGCCGCAGCACACUUUUUCUCCACCGUUUCCAGAGCUGAUAUAAAUUCCGUAUGUGCUCCGACUGCUAAAGGAAAGGUAUAGUUGUCCUUUCCGAACUUGUUGUCUUUGUUGAUCCCAUAGGCUAGGCAGUUUUCCAGCUUGAGUAGAAGAGGUCCACCGUCUUCCGCCACGAGUCCGAUCUUUCCAGACCCGAACCUGUUAUUCCUGAUGGAAUCCUCAAAUACGAACGAAUUUUCGGAGAAGUCUGAUACUCUGGUAAUAGACAUAGUGUCUUUUAUUAUAUGGAAAAAUUUUUACCUUCGGGCUAAACCUAAAGUCGAUUCUGUUUUUUCCAAACCCAAAAGGUUUGAAAGUAACAAUCAUGACUGGUCGGUCCGGGGACCUACGGAUGAGGUCCUCUUUAUUAUACAGAAAAACUGACUUUCGUACCAUUUUUCUUUGGCUUUGGCUAACUUUUCCAACGCUUUGUUAUGUCUUUUCAUUUCGUCUUCGUAUCCGCCAUGGUUUAAUUUGCUGAACAGAAAUCCGGCUCCGGCGAAUGCUACGGCGUUGAAUAAUCCUCCAACUACAACACUUGUCAUCUCCUUUUAUUAUAGUGGUUUACUUGAAUGGAUCAUCCGGUACUAGUUUUUUGAAUUGUAAAUAG